AACGAAGUCAGUUGACAGCGUCACACACUAAUCUCAGUCGCACUUCAACAAGCGAGCCGUGGACACGAGAGAGACAGAGAAACCGGCAAAUCGCCCAGUAAUCUCGGCAGUCCAGUUCCGCUUCCGAUCUGAACCCUCGUCCCCUCGCUCCCCGCCGCCACCAGAGCAGUUGAACACGAGCGCGAUGUGGGGGCUAGGGUUUAGGUGGCUGCUGCUGCUGCUGCUGGCGUUCGCGGCGGCGGUGGAGCUGGAGGCGCGGUUUGUGGUGGAGAAGAACAGCCUGAUGGUCACGUCGCCGACAGCUCUGCGGGGGCGGCACGAUAGCGCCAUAGGCAACUUCGGCAUCCCGCAGUACGGCGGGAGCAUGGCUGGUGCCGUCGUCUAUCCCAAGGGCAACUCAGACGCCUGCGAGGCCUUCAACAGCGGCAGGAAGGAGCACCUCUUCCGCACCAAGCCUGGAGCGCUCCCCAGCUUCCUUCUCAUAGACCGCGGAAAUUGCCUGUUUGCUAAGAAGGUCUGGAAUGCACAAUAUGCUGGUGCCUCAGCAGUGCUUGUAGUUGAUGACAAGGAUGAGCCACUGAUAACAAUGGACUUACUUCAGGAAGAUGAUGAGGCUGCAAAAUAUAUACAGAACAUAUCCAUUCCUUCUGCUUUAAUUGAUAAGAAAUUUGGAGAACAAUUGAAGAAGGCUGUUAAAGAUGGUGAAAUGGUAAAUGUGAAUCUUGAUUGGAGGGAGGCUGUCCCACAUCCUGAUAACCGAGUUGAGUAUGAGUUGUGGACAAAUAGCAAUGAUGAAUGUGGGCCUAAAUGUGAUAUGCUUAUGCAUUUUCUGAAGGAAUUUAAGGGAGCUGCGCAGUUACUUGAAAAAGGUGGUUAUAGUCAGUUCACACCCCAUUAUAUUACUUGGUAUUGCCCUCAAGCAUUUGUUGUCAGCAAACAAUGCAAGUCCCAGUGUAUAAACCAUGGAAGGUAUUGUGCACCUGAUCCAGAACAAGAUUUUAGUACUGGCUAUGAUGGAAAAGAUGUUGUUGUAGAGAACUUGAGACAGCUUUGUGUGUUUAAUGUUGCAAAUGAGAUAAAAAAGCCAUGGAUCUGGUGGGAUUAUGUGACUGAUUUUCACAUAAGGUGCCCAAUGAAGGAGAAGAAGUAUAACAAAAAGUGCGCAGAAACAGUCAUUAAAUCACUAGGUUUGGAAGUGAAGAAGAUUGAUAAGUGCAUGGGAGAUCCAAAUGAUGAUUCUGACCACCCUUUACUUAAAAUGGAGCAGGACUCUCAGAUUGGGAAAGGGUCAAGAGGAGAUGUUACCAUAUUGCCUACUCUUGUUGUGAACAAUCGACAAUAUCGAGGAAAGCUAGGAAGGAAAGCUGUCCUCAAAGCUAUUUGUGCUGGCUUUGAGGAAACUACUGAGCCAAAUGUUUGUCUGAGUGAUGACAUGGAAACAAACGAGUGUCUGAGCGAUAAUGGAGGUUGCUGGCAAGACAAAGCUGCUAAUGUAACAGCUUGUAGGGACACUUUUCGUGGCAGAGUGUGUGAAUGCCCCACAUUCAAUGGCGUGCAAUUUAAAGGAGAUGGCUACAGCAACUGUGAACCCGCUGGUCCUGGAAAAUGCUUGAUAAACCAUGGUGGGUGCUGGCAUGAAACUCGCAAUGGAAAAACAUUCUCUGCUUGUCAGGAAUCAGGAGAUCAAAAUUGCAAGUGUCCAGCUGGUUUCCGAGGGGACGGUGUUAAAAAAUGUCAUGAUAUUGACGAGUGCAAGGAGAGAAAAGCUUGCCAGUGUCCUGAAUGCAGCUGCAGAGAUACAUGGGGUGGCUAUGAUUGUACUUGUAGUGGCGACCUUUUGUACAUCAAGGAGCACGACACUUGCAUAAGUAAGACAACAGUUCAGGCUAAAGCAGCAUGGGCUGCUGUGUGGGGGAUCUUGGUAGCCUUGGUUAUUGUGGCGGCAGGAAGCUAUGUGGUAUACAAAUACAGAAUAAGGUCAUACAUGGACUCUGAGAUUAGAGCUAUCAUGGCACAGUACAUGCCACUGGACAGUCAAGGAGAGGUCCCAAAUGAUUCACACGAAGAUCAUCCACUUGCUCACUAACUGAACCUGUACAACUAACAUAGGCAGAAAUGUGGUUUGAACAGCGUUGAAAUAUACAGAAUGCAUACAAAGGUGAAUGGCAGCGUGAUUUUAGAGUCUGACAUGAAUGUGAGACUCACGCACAAAUUUAUCUAGAGCACUUUCACCUUACAGGUCAUGGCAACUCCAUCUCCGGUAAUAUUAACAGAUUCUAUAAUGAGCAGACGUUCGCUCAGCUCGUCCCUGGAGCGACCCAACCACAACAUGUGGGGUAGUUAGUUGCAUACAUGCAUGUGAUGAUGCAAGCUAAUUUCAACUUUUUUUAAACCAAAAAAUGUUUUGUGUACCAAACCAUAUGCCCAAUUCACAGUGUGUUUAAGCUGUUGGCUUUGUAUUGUCAAGGGCUUCGUAACUAGAUUCCACUCGUGAAUGUUUU